CAAUAUUAUUAUUUGAGAAGGUUCUCUAGAUUUCUUCAAUAUAUGUAUAUAUAUCGGCUGUUAAAGACACCUAAAGAGAAGAUCGAGGAUGAUGAACAGCAAAGAUAAUAGUUCCAAGGAGGAAGAAGAAGGUCCACUUCCAGGAUUUCGAUUUCACCCCACAGACGAUGAACUUGUUGGGUUUUAUCUUCGCCGGAAAGUUGACAAGAAACCAAUCAGGAUCGAACUCAUUAAGCAGAUCGACAUCUACAAAUAUGAUCCAUGGGAUCUUCCAAAAGGUAGCAGUGUUGGAGAUAAUGAGAGCUACUUCUUUUGCAAAAGAGGAAGAAAGUACAGGAACAGCAUAAGACCAAAUAGAGUGACAGGAUCUGGAUUUUGGAAAGCAACCGGCAUUGACAAGCCGGUGUAUUCCAAUGGAGGAGAAGGUCAUCAGUGCAUUGGACUCAAGAAAACUUUAGUUUAUUAUCGCGGAAGUGCAGGUAAAGGCACCAAAACUGAUUGGAUGAUGCACGAAUUUCGUCUCCCGACCAAUGUUGAUGCCAGUGCUAGUUCAAGUACUAGAACUUCUCUCCAAGAGGCCGAAGUUUGGACUCUAUGUCGAAUAUUCAAGAGAAAUGUAGCAAACAGAAAGUACACUCCGGAUUGGAGAGAAUUAGCAACGAAACGAACACACCAUCCCGUCGAUACUAAUCAUGUAAGCAUUAAGCCAUACACUUCCCAGUGUAAUAACAAUAGAGAGGCUUUCAUCAAUUUUAGUGCUCCAAUUACCCAUCACCAAUAUCAUCAUUACUUUAUCAAUGAUGAUCAAAAACCUAUCAUUAACCAUAUGAUGAUCACCCAUGCCAACCCCUUGCAUGCACACCAGAUAAUCACCCCCCUUCCUCAACAAUCUCCAUCAGUAAUCCCCUCCUGUUCAAACACUUCAAAUCAGGAUGAUAGCAGCAAUGAUGAUCAGUUGCUUUCCUAUGGAAAUUGGGAUGAGCUCAGACCAGUUGUAGAGUUUGCUCUCGAUCAUCAUCCCUCCCUUGUGUAGAUACACACGAUACUCUACUUGUACAACUUUAUAUAUAUAUAUAUAGCUUGACUCACCUCCAGCUUAUUAGUUAAUUUAAUCUUGUAACAUUUGGUCUUUUUUGAGUUUUGUUAGAUAAACUUGUUUAAGCUAUUACCAUUUAGAAAAACCGUUAUAGUUACUGAUAUAGAUGUAUCUAUAUGUAUGAGACUUAGAUGAUCAUAUUCGAUUUAUUCCUAUGAU